GCUAAGUAUGCCAUUCGGCCACGUUGUCUGUUUUCACCUGUGUUCUUUGUAAACAUUGUAUUUUGUGUUCUGUUGUUUGGUAAAUGGAUUUUACUAUAGAAUGAAUUUCAACAAAAUUACCACCUGCCAUUUGUGGGUUGUUGUGUUCAGCACAUUCUUUGUUCUAAUCCACGGAUACAGAAAUAUUCGCCUGCAAGACAACCUUUGUGCCAAUCGGUUUUUGGUCCAACUUAAGAACAAAUUCAAAGAACCUUCUAUGACUUUGAUGGAGGAGCGAGAUUCCGCUGUUGUCAUAACGCAACGUUGGAACACCACACUUCCUGGCUUUUACUCUUCAAACAAAAUAAACUACGAUUGUGAAUUCAAAGUAUUAAGUAGUGAGGAUGCCUAUCGCAAUCCUCGCGGCAUUUACACUGUGAUAAACCAUUUAAAGUUCCGUCAACAUCCCGAAACAAAUAACUGUCUGGAUUACAUACAGUUUCGCAGUGGCAAUCGAUCGCCCAGCGAUCCAAUUUGCAAUAUUGGAGGACCCGAGGGUCGGGUGUUCGAUGAACGUUAUCGGGAUCUGACUGUUUUCAUACACAUCGACAAGAGUCGCAUGAUUACGGAGCCAUUGGAAUUGAGCAUGGUGUUGACGGCCCACUCGGAAUGUAAGAAUCCAGACGAUUUCCUGUGCAAUCGAACAGACCCAUUUUCGUGCAUAUCUCGGCACUUUGUUCGUGACAAUGUAACAAAUUGUGAAUGUGAUGAGGUAGUAUCAUUAUCAUGUUCGCAAGAUGUAACUCCUGCGCUGAAAUUGGAUACGACAAGUGUGGCCUUGUCGGCAAUAACAUCGUUGAUCUUUACAAUGGUCGGCGUGGGCUGUUGUGUGUGGAUAUGCUGGAAAUAUUGGAACUGUAUAACGGUCCAUCAACGAUCGCAUAACUCCAAUGGUUCAGUAUCGGGGCGACGUCACUCUCAACGUCAGCAUUGGUCGCAACAGCAACAACGCAAUGAAAUAAGGGAUGUCCCCGUUAUUGAACUACCUACGGCCCCAACAUUUGACAUUGAAACCACAAUAGCAGCAGAUCACAGCAGAGGUGUGCAUGGACAAUCUCAUCACGAUCCGUCGAAAGAUUUGCCACCCAGUUAUGAAGAACUAUUUCCGGAUAGAUAAACAAAAAAAAUUAAAUAGAUCGAAAUAAUAACUUUGUCCAAUACGCCCUUUUAAGCCAACUAAAUGAUAGAAAUUCCUAAAAGACAUACAUCUUCCUCAAGGUGCCAGGUGCAGUCAAUGAUUACGGAAACAAAAAAACAAUAAGUACCCUGUUAACAAAAUCAACUUUACAUUUUCAGAGGAUAUAUAAUAAGCUACCUCCAAAUUAUUUAAACGCAGAAAAGUAUACGUGGAAAAUGAAAAAAUGCGAAAAAAAACAUAAAAUCUUAAUAAAAUUGAUUAAAUUAUUCCGACAUUUUCACUUCUGAUUUUAUGAAAUUACCCUCUUUAAAUUCAUAAUCAUUCUAAACAUCGGAUUAAAAUAGACAAAGUCGAGCUUAAAAAUAUUUGUAUCUCUGAUUAGAAAUUAUGUGCAGAGAUAUCUAAGCUUUUCAAAAAAGAGUGAUAAAGAACAGUAUUGCAAGCCAACUUAUUUUAAGUACGCAGUAUGGACAUUGGAGUAUGUAUACUUUCUGUUUUUGGUGAUUUUAAGAUAAUUUUUGUUUAUUUGUGAGUAGCUCGUUAUGUAUUAUUAAUGCGGGGUGCGUGUAUUUUUUUUGUGACCGUAUAAGCUAGCUGCAAUUUUAAUAAAAUUGUCAACCAUUUGUAUAACGUCAUUUUCAUAGUUUAACUGUAAAUAUAUAUUUAUAUUUUAGAGAGCAUUAAUUUACACAAGAAUCUCUGUUGAGAAAAUUAAAAUUUUAUAUAUCAUAAACUUUGUUUUUACUAAAGAUAUUACUAAUUACUUUUCAAAAUUUAAUUUUAGCUCAAAUUUAUAGUUAUAAAUAUUGCAACUUGGCGUCGAAUACUAUAAUACCUAAAAAGCCAAUAUUAAAGUUGAUCGUUAAUCUAGUAUUGUUGACUUUAAUUGAUUGAUAUGUCUCCAAGGUGACUAACAUGAAACUAUAUUGGUAAAAUGAUUAUAUAACAUAGAUACAUAUUUCUUAGAUGUAAGCCCAUACAUUAUAUAUACUAUCCCCCUCGAAUUUAUAUUUGGUCCAAGUAUUUUUUAAAUUUUCCUUUCAGCACAACAACAUAUAAAGCGGUACCUGUUAAGUUUAAAUCCAACCUAUACAAAGGAAUAAUUAUUUUAAAGAUUGUGGAAAAUUGUCUCAAAAAUAUGGCAUUUAAUAAGAAAGUAUUGCAUUUUGUAUUUGUGAAAUUCGUAAAAGAAGUCGCUAAAUUGAAUUUGUUUAUAUCAAAUAUAUAUUUAUUAAAAACAAAAUUGUUUGUAGUUACAAAUAAAUAACCAAAUACUUAUCUAAA